UUUGUGACGUAACGUCGCUAUGUUACUAAAUGUAAAGCUUCUGAAGAUUUGAAAUGAAAGCCCUUAAGCUUUACUAAACGUCUUCGUGUAUCUUUUUUAUUUUUUACCUCUCUCUCUCCCUCUCUCUCCAUAUAUAUAUAUAUAUAUAUAUAUAUAUAUAUAUAUAUAUAUAUAUAUUGAAAAUCAGAAUGACACAUUCCAUAAAAACAAUCAUUUACUGUUAGCGCUUUCUCCAGUCAGUUCAAAUAUACAAAAAUUGUUUAGCAAAGUCUUUGUUAUGACGUCAAUUAAACGAGUACUUUAUGACGUCAUAAUAACGUCAACCAGAAGCGUUUGGUAAUUGUCUAUAAUUCCCAGAUAUUUUGUAAAAAUUUAUUAUGCUAAAUUGUAGUUCGAUUGUUCAAAUAAUUAUUUCCUAUUAAGGUUUGGAUGAACCUAUGGGAAAAUCCGCGAAAAAGUCAUUGAACUCUGGACACACGAUGUUGCCCGCGAAGAGGAAAAAUCAAAGAGAAUAUUGGAAACUAAAACCAUUUGGCUUCAACGAUAUGAAAACAAUUAGGCUACGGCAACGAACAAACAAAAUCAAAGAGAAAUCAAAGACCAUCCCGGAAAACAAAUACAAGAUCACAGAACUGACAAAACCAUUUUGAAACCAGUUUUAAAACAUGACCCUCAUCCAGGUCAAGAUCAGAAACUCCACUAAAAAAAACAACAACAUAAAUUAUCUAUUUUGUGAAAUGAUAGCAGGUUAACGUCAACAAUUUUAUCAAUAUAUUAUUAUUAAGAUAGGUUAGCUACAUUUUCAUUUGAUGAAAAUUGAGUAAGUUUAUAUAAGGGGGGGGGGGUCUUAUUGUAUCGUUUCUUUGUAUAUAUUUUAGACCAUUGGUUUAAAAUGGCCAUAUCAAUGCAAAUGUAUAUUCAUCCACUAUUCUUAUACGUGAACAUGAUUUACACCCAUAAGUGUUUCAGAUGAAUUAUGAAAAGACUAAUAUAGACAAGAAUAGUAUCGAUAUAAUUUGUAUGUAGAAAUAUAUUCAACACAGUUAGUAUUUAUCUAAGAAUGAAAACAAAUAUCUUACUAUAACAUGUCAGCUCGAGUGCAUGUAGUUUCGGUUUGAACUUGUGAAUGAUUACAAAGGUAAACCUCGUCAUUGUCUCCUUGUGUGACGUAGCUAGGGAAAUCCCGUAUUGUGGUGGAACAGAAAAAAUGACCAAUUCCUGGAACCCUCAUAACCCUCAGGGAAUCAGUAUAACACACAAAGGAGACAAGAGAGUAGUUUUGUAUUCAAGCGAUGAGCAACAUUCAUUUACAGGAAUGACGGUAAGACGACACGUCCGUCUUAAACAAACAUCUCAAACAACAACUUUUUCCAGGCAGUUGGAGUUAUUUUGUGGCGAAUCUUUAACUGAAAGGGGAAUAGACAGUGACAGAAAGAUACAGCACAUAGCGCACGGCAUACGAAAUCUAGAUGGAGUAUCUUGCAACUUCGAUGAAAUGGUCGUCGAGCAAUUCCAUAAAGAUGGAAGAAAGCUAUUACUUGAAUCCAUUGAUUUUGACAAAGGGCAUUUAGAGGUUGUCGAGAUUCAGAACGAUCCUUUGAUCAGUUCACGCAACUUUGAUGAUCAGAAAAGGACUAUUGAGGAGUUAUGGGAGCUUGUAGUUCAAGAUACAGCUGCCUCAGCACCAACAUUUGAUUCAAUCAUGAAUGGCAUAAACAGUAACAAUGGCUUUGAACGCGAUUAUCGUAAUGAAGAAAUGCUACAAAAGAUGAGAAAAAUCGUCCACCGACUGGAGGGAAUAGAGAAGAGAUUACAGGAACUUCGGAACCAUAACAAUUCGGGAAGAACCAGAAAAGCGUUGUUGGAAUACACCCAAGAUCUGAUAUAUUUAAAUAAGAAUUUAAAUAAAAUUUUCGCUGAUAAAGGAGAACUUCUAUUUGGAUUAGACGCUGGGGAAUUAGAUAAAGUACAAACGCUUCUUGAUUGUGAAGAUGAAGACAAAGUUAAUGAUGCCUUGGAAAUAUUAGGAGCCAUAUGUAGGACACCUGAUAUCAACAAGCUAAGGAAAUGGCUUCUACGGAAUAUUCCACUAAGUCUUGUGGUGCUGCUUUUCGAUAAUUCAAAGAGUAUGCUUAAGGAGAGAAUGACGACAUUAAGCUUUUGCAAGCAGUUUAUAGAAACAUUAAAGAAAAGUCCAAAAUUAACUGCUGUCGCUGUUUGUACAAUUGGAGAUGGCCCAGGAUGCUUGAUACCUUUCACCCUGGCACGGGAUUUUAACGUCAAUGAUUUGGAUAUAAUUCAACAUAAAGGAUGUACGCCAUUGACUACCUCCGUCAAGUUCGCCAGAAAUACAUUACAAGAUUUCAUUGGGGAUGAUGAAAAUAAAGGAGUGAUGAGUGGUUACAUAAUAAUGAUAACUGAUCUCAAGCCGACUGAAGAAUGGAACGGUGGUUUUUCUGAAUACAACUCCAAUCCAAAAGAUGAAAGCCAAGAAUGUCCAAAAAAAUUCACGAAAUUGGUUGAUGAGUUAAAGGAUACAAUAACGACUGUGUUGAAAGACAUCCCGUUGGUUAUUGCCGUCACAGACAGAAGUCAAUUGGAAUAUGCAAAGGCUUUGGUGGAAACGUCUGAAAAAGGACAUGUUCUGGACAUCUCAACGAACAGUUUUCAUCCUAUUCUGGCAAACCCCAAUCUCCUGCAUCAGAUGUACGAAUUGUGCAAAGGAGACAUGGAUAUUGCUGAGCAACUUCAAUCUGUUGGAGUGAAAAACACACUAAACAAAGUAAUUCGAGAUAACAAGAAAUUAGCAGAAAUGUUCGAGAUACUCGAAACAGAAUGGCUCAUAAAGAUGGGUUCAAAGACAAUUGGAUUAUCGUUAACAGGUAAUAAUGAUUUCAAUCGGAAAGCUAUACGGGAGGAGUUCCAGAAGAAGUCCAUAGUUGUUCCUUUACAAAUUGAAGGGAAGAGAAGGAACUGCAGGAUAUUUUCUAAUAAGAGAAGCAGUUCUUCCUCCAUCAGUGGGUCAAUUAAUUAUGAGAAAAAGUCCACAGAUGAUAGUUACCAGAUACGAGUACCUUCAGAUGAUGGCAACGUUGAUACCCAUAAAUUGGUCAAAAAACAACAGUUAGAAAAGAAAACAAAAGAAGCUGACAAGAAUAGCUAAUUCAUAGUAAACACUACAGACAUAACUUUAAAUUAUAAACACUUAUAGAUAGUGUUUGUAUACAGAAAACAGCUCGAAACUAUAGAGGUCUCACAGACUGUCGGUUACCUAAAUGCAAAUCAACACUAUUCCAUGACAAUGUUUUAUAUUGUCCUUUUGUGUUGUAUAAACCUACAGUUGUAUUUCAAUUUGUACUUGUAUUCAUAUUUUUCAACUCUUCGUAUCUCAGUUGUAUUUGUAUUUGAUGGGAAUAUUAAUUAUUAUAUGUAUUUGAUAAACGAUAUGUUUCACCGA